AACGUACUACGUUGGAGAAAAAUUUGAAACAAAUAACAAAAUGAAUUUAUCAGGAGAAGUUAGAGAAAGUGUGUCUUUGGACGAAGACGAUCUUAGUGAUAUCGAGGAUGAAGUAUUUAUUAGAGAUGGCAAAAGGGGUUACAAGUUUGAAGAUAUAAGUGUAAAGAAACCUUUGAUGGCUCCUAGAAGAAAAAUAACAAAAUCCAGUAAUAUUUCUACUAGAAUAAGAAACAAACAAUCAUGUAAAGCAUUUUGUAAACCACUUUGGUGUGCUUUAUUAACUUUAGCGGCAUUAGUAGGAUUAAUUGCGUUGGUAAUUAUUUUGGUGUCGUUAUUUCCGUUACCUAUUGACAAACUUAAAAAUUGGAUCGCACUAAAGUCUUCGUACACAAAAUCGCAAAAGAAAGUUGUGCAAUGUAGUAGUUUUGAGAUAAAAGAAAUUUGGAAAAUUGAUUUUCCUAAACUGACUUCCGAAACGGCUGUGAGAGUUGUCGACGUAGAUUACGAUGGUGUGGAUGAUGUUAUAUUUGGAUUUAGCACAGGAAAUGAUGAUACAGUACCCUCUGAUAUAUUUUGCCCCAUAUUUAUGAAUACAUCAGAGCCAUGUGGUGGGGGAAUAAUGGCAUUAAAUGGCACAAAUGGUAAUAUAUUAUGGAAGCACUGGUUGCCUGUUCCAGUUUUCGACAUAAUAUGCACGGCUGAUUUUAAUGGUGACAAUAUUUCUGAUUGUUUAUUAGCUGGAAAAAGCGGAUUAUUACGUCUGAUUAAUUCCAAGAGCGGUAGUCUUAUGUGGGACCUCUUGAAUGAUCAGUCUAUUUCUUCUUCAAAAAUUAACGUUUAUCAACCUACUAUUAUUCCGGAUUUAGAUAAUGAUAACAUUUCCGACAUCGUAGCUACACAUUCAAUCGAAAAAGAUGUUAUAGUAGGGCACCUCAUGGUAAUUUCAGGAAAGAAUGGUACUAUUCUACAGCAAAUUUCAACCCCUGACGGAGAAAUAGCCAGCUAUUGCAAACCACAGUUGGUUGAAACUGAUGGAGAUUAUUCAAUUUUAUUCGGCACCGGAAGUUUAACAACCGGUGGUGCUCUGUAUCUAAUAAAUUUGAAAGAUCUCUUAAUUGGCAAUAUUAGCGCUUCCCAAGUCCUUUACAAAGACCAGAACAAAGGGAUUUUGUCUCCUUCAGUUUUAGUAGACAUAACAGGGGAUGGUAUAAUAGAUAUUGUGAGUGCAAUAUUCAAUAGCACAGUUAUUGCUGUGAACGGGAAAACUUUAAAACUAUUGUGGAAUUAUACGAUUCCAAAUUCAGAAACACUGAGCGUGCCUGUUCCUGGUUACUUUAAUAAUGAUAACGUAACUGAUUUUUUGAUAAAGUACCAGAAGGGUCCUGGUUUCCCCGUUUACUAUUAUUCCCAAACAUUUAUAUUGGACGGAAAAACUGGGAAACCCAUAAUUUAUACUGAUCCAUUUAUCGACACGGUGGGUGCCCAAAUGGGAGGAUUGACGAUACAGACGGACAAGUAUGGUUAUGAUUGGUUCUUGUAUUGGACAGGAGAUUGUAAGAAUCAUGAGGGCUCCCAAGACAUCUUUCAAUUUAUUAAUAGACCAGACGAUGAACCCAUAGACGUAAAAAUUAAAAAGCAAACGCAGUCGGAUUUGUGUCUUCUAAGGUACAAUUCCACUACGGUAGUUAACAUUUACGCCCUCAGCCAAUUUGAUCAACCACCUGGAUUUAAAAUUUAUAGUUCAGAAAAUGACCUUUUCAAUUCAAGCAAAAUUUUAAGUCCAGUAGAUGAGGCAAGGGAAUAUUUUCUGAAACAUGGAGAAGUUGGUGUUAUUCCCAGUGUCAAAAAGGUGAAAAUAGAUGAAAUAAAUGACAGUAAUAAGUCCCCUAAUAAGUACAGAGACGGGUCGAAUUUUCGACAUAAGAAUAACAAUAUUCCAGACUUAUCAUCUUCAGUGCCCAAAAAAUCGAAUUCAAAAAAUGAAAAAUAUUUUCAAAAUAAAAAACAGCACCAACAUAUAAGUGAAGAACAACCAGAUUUUGAUUCAGAUUACGAACAACCUUCAGAAGAUUGGUCUUCAUAUCCCCAAAAUAUGUUAGGAGACGAUGAUCUGGAUUCAGACUAUGAUAAUGCUUAUUUACAGGGCCCUGAAAAUCGAAAUGCAUUACAUUCAAACAUGAAAUUACUAAAUUCAAGACGAAAUAUGAAUAACAGGGAUCCUAGAAGUAAAACCAAUAUCGAAAACGCCGAAACUAUCUCCGAAUCAGAAGAGAAAAAGGUUAAUAAAAAUAAUUCCAAAGGUCAGGGUAAGAAGGGACGACACGGAAAAGCGUUAAAGAAAAAUUUAGCUGACAAAAAAUAUGGCGUGUAUGAUUAUCAAAACGUGCAAAAUUCGCAGAAAAGACUAUUAACAGAUUUAAAUACAUUGCCCAAUCAAAUUUUACGAGAAACCUACUUUAAAAAUCAAAACCACAAACUUAAAAAAUCCAAGUUUGAGGUACGCGACCUGAAUCCACAAGAAACAUCAAAUGAAGGAAAGAAAUUUAUUGAAUUCAAUGUUGCAAAUAAAACAAACUCUAAUGUGUCCUAUACACUUUGGGAUUUAGAAUCAGAAAAUGAAAUGAGAGAGAGAAAAGAUGGUGGCUUUUGGAGGAGUAAAAGAAGCACAAAAGAAGAAACAGUUCACAAAGUACCAAGAACAACUACAGUUGGAAAUCUUGUUAAACCAUUACACAAAAAUAGCACAGGAAUAGACUUAAUACUUGUGACAUACUGGGUGCCCUCCACUACCGAUACCGAAAUAUUAUUGGAAAAUGAUUUAAAAUGUAUCAACAAAAGUAUGAAAGGGUCUGUAGAUUCCCAAGAUCAAUUGCCGUUGUAUUUGAUAUCAACAGUAGAAGAUUCCCUUAUAAAUAAAUGCUUAAAACAGAGAGGCGUUCUGCUAAAGAAAACGUCCAAUACAAUAAAUAAUAUAUCAUCGGAAUUUGCGUAUUUUAAUGAAAUAUCAGAGUUGAAAUUUGGAAUCUUAACAGUUCAUAGACUAUCAAUACAAUGCAAAUGUGAAAAUUUAAAUAAAGGGGAAAGAUGUGCAAAAUUUCUAGACGCAGAAAAUCAGAAUUGGUCUUCUUAUUUAGGAACUUUUUCGGAUGGAUUUUUUCGUACACAAAAUUAAGCAGUUACCUAACAAAUAAUAGAAUCAUUUCUAGUUCCAGUUUAUUUUAUUCAUAAAACCUAUUUACAAAGAA